AUGUCUGAAGAAAACCUAUCAAGUUUUUUAAAUCCUAGAAUCUUUGAAUCCAAGACGGGUUCAAGAAUGACUCACUCUCAAAAUUUAAAUGAGAAAAAGACAAAAUGCUCAUCUCCUGGAAAUAGCACAUACAGCGAUGGCAAGAAGUUUGCUAUGUCAGGCAAAAGGAAGUUGCCAGCAUCUAAUAGUUAUCCCAAAACUAAACAAUCAAGGUAUUGCCAGUCACCAUCAUAUACCAAUACAAUAUCAGGGUUAGAGGCAACAGUAUCAACGAAUAGGACUACUCGUACAGGAAACAAAAGCAUAAAAUCUGUGUUCAGUGUUCCCGACACAGUUAUCUUCUCAAUAUAUGAGAGUAGUAAGGAGGUGGAUACCACAAUUGGGAUUUCAUUGAUCAAUUUUUCCACUGGUGAAAUCAUACUGACCGAAUAUGUAGACUCACAAUUGUUCAUUAGAACCAUGAACAAAAUACAACUGUAUGAGCCAACGGAUAUACUUAUCCCCUGCCAUUCGGUGAGACCCCAUAUGUCAAAGCUUGCAACCAUACUGAAACUAAAUAUAAACCAUGAAAUAAAGAUACAUAUUGCAAAGAGCUCAUGCUAUAACAAUAGAAGAUCAAUUGAAUUCAUCAAAGCAUCCAGUAUAAAUAAAGCAGAUGGGAUUCAAAUUUUACUUGCUAAAUUAUAUGAAAAACGGCAUUGCCUAUUUUCGUUAGCGGCAGCAACGGAAUUUCUUCAAUCCAAAAACUCAGUUAAAGGAUUGACUCCCAAAAAAAACAAAGUGUUAAGCGAUUAUUCAAGAUUUAGAAUCAGAUAUGAAGCGAUAGAGAACACACUUCUGAUUGAUAGUAAAACUGUUACAAAUUUAGAGCUUAUCAGAACAUUAGAAGGAGAUGAAAAACUAUCAUUAUUCGGCACAUUAAACACUACAUGCACAAAGAUGGGGUACAGAAAUCUCAGAGGAGCAAUUUUACAACCUCUUACAGACUUAAAUGGUAUUACAAAUAGACUCAAAUCUGUUGAAGAACUUACAGAAUGUGAAUUUCUUAAUGGAAUAAGAUUGGUGUUAAGACAAUUGCCUGAUCUGGAUAUAGUAUUUUCCAAGUUACUGACGGCCGGUAAAAAAAGCAUUGGAGUGACUCAGAAAAUAAAUUAUGCCUUGUUAAUCAAAGAUGCUAUUAAAACACUUGAGGAUAUAAGGCAGAUAUUGCUUAAAUUUCAUCCUAAAUCAACCCUACUAUCAGAAAUCAGAAAUUCUUUUGUAAACUGUACCCUCCAAGAUUUUGGUAUUCUGAUACAGAAAUAUAUUAAACCUGACAGCUCAUGGGCCAGUAAUUCUUUAGAGCUUCAAAAUCAGAGACUGUACUGUUUAAACGAAGAAAGCAAUAGUUUGCUUGGCACCUUGAGGAGUUUGUACUCCAAAAUCAGUGAAGAGAUUUUAAAUGAUAUAUCAUGUUUUGGGGAAAAACAUUGUAUUCAUGCGUCACCAAAUUUUAGAACCGGUGUAGGCUUCUUUAUAAAAGUUUCCGAUUCCGACUACAUCAAAAUUGAAAAGAACAGAGUUAAUAUAAUAAACAAAGUGAAUAAAAGAGGUCAUGUGGAAUUUACAACUUUGCCGCUUACGAAAAAAAACAUACGUCUUAAUACCCUGAUAACAGAAAUUGAAACACUGUCGGAGAGCUUAGUAACUGAGUUGCUAUAUACGCUUAGUAAAUCAGUUGAAGAGCUUUUUAUUCUCACAGAAUCUUCCGCUCUACUGGACUUAUUAUGUUGUUUUGCUCACAAUGCCAUAGAAUAUAGUUAUUGUUUUCCAAAGUUUUCUGACAAGAUAUUUGUAAUAGAUGCUCGAGACCCAGUAAUGGAGAGGUUGAUUAAGAAUUACAUUCGCAAUGAUAUUUCUAGUACACUUUAUAGUUCUAGAUUACAAAUAAUAACAGGAGCAAAUAUGACAGGAAAAACUGCGUUUCUUAGACAAAUCCCGUUGCUGUGCAUAAUGGCGCAAAUGGGUUCCCCAAUACCUGCUGAAAAUGCAAUUCUUCCUGUAUAUGAAAAUAUUCACACUAGGUUAUGUAAUGAUAGUAUGGAAAUGACGUCAUCAAACUUCUCUUUUGAGAUGAAGGAAAUGGCAUACAUUUUGGAAUGUUGCAAUGCAGAAUCUCUAAUUAUAAUCGAUGAAUUGGGAAGAGGAACAAGCAUUGGUGAUGGAUUUGCAAUUUCUCUUGCUAUUCUUAACUAUCUCAGCAAACUUGAAUCUACUACGUUUAUUUCAACUCAUUUCGAUGUAAUACCCAUGAUUUUAAAGAACAAGCCUUCCAUCAGGCAUCUGCACAUGAAAGCACAAAUAAUAAACUGUAAUGAAAUAAUAAAAGAAUAUAAAGCAAGUUCUGUAGAGAUAACUUCAAUACCAAAAAUCGACGGUAUUUCAUGCGUGAGGAAUAUAUUUGAUGAGGAUAUUAUUAAUUCUGCAAUAAACAUGAGUAAAGCAAUUAACAAAAUGGGGAGUUUUUCAACAUUAUCAGAACAACAUUAUCUUGGAAGCGCGACAACAAGCGAAACAGAGGUUUUGUUCAUGAAAAAGAUUAUGGAUAUGGUAGAAAUUCUAAAAGAAUUAAAUAAAAAUAAUGGAAAUUUAUCACAUAAUGCUAUUAAAAGGAUACAGUAUGAAUUUCUUGAAAAUUUUACAAAAUAA